GCUCUAGGGAGACCUUAGAGCCUCUUCCAGUGCCUAAACGGCUUCCAAGAGAGCUGGAGAGGGACUUUGGACAAAGCCCUGGAGAGCCAGGACAACAGGAGCGCUAUGGGGUCUGGUCUGCCUCUGCUGAGCCCCCCACUUCAUCCAUGGACACCCCCAGAUCAAGUUUAGAGUUGGAGAGGAAGGGACCAGGCCAGGAGAGCAUCAUCAGCGAGCUGGACCAGCUGUGGAGACAGGUGUCCUCCCUGCAGGGCCUGGCCAGUGACCUGCAGGGUGAGAAGGACAAGAUCAGGCAGCUGGAGCAUGCCGUCAGAAAGCUGAGGGAGGAUGGAGCCAAGUGGAAGGCAGGCAUGAGCGAUCAGCUCUCCCUGCAGCUGGGUAAGAGGGUGGGAGAGGUUUUUGUACCCCAUGGGACUGCAAAGGGAGCCCAGUGGUGCUGGGAGCAUCCGUUUGGGGGCAAGAGACACCACCUGAGGGACCCCAUGGAGGCAAAGUCUGCCCCUGCCCCCAUCAAGCUGUCCAGGUCUGCACUGCUGGAGACAAAACAGGAGCUGGAGGAGCUGCGAGAGACAAGGAAGAGCAUGCUGGAUCAGCUGAUGUCCAGGAGGGCUGACCAGCCACAGGAGCAGAUGGACAAACUGAUGGCAAUGGUGAGCAUGCGGCAGGAGCAGGAGAAGGCAGCAUGCUCCAGGUGCAGCUCAGACACCAGAGUGCAUGUUGGGGAGCUCUUCCUGCACUAUGAAAAGCUCCAGGAGCUGGCACAUUCCCUGGAGUCACGGCUGCCCAUGGUUGGAUGUGGGGAGGGAGCUGAGGUGGCCAAGCCAGGAAGGCAGUAAUUGAGUGCAAGAUCCCCCCUGUGCAGCAGUGCUGCAGAGGCCAGAACACCAGCACCUGCACAGCACAGCAUCUCCAGACCACCCACUUCAGGACACAGCUCCAGCCCCUCCCCAGCAAGCUCAUUGCCACCAUGGUGCUGGGCACAGACAGAUGCCUCUCGCAGCAACGGCAACUAUAAAAGAAGAAACAGAAAACAGACAUAAUGGAAAGAGUCAAGAUGAGGCCAGAUUGCAAGGAACAAACAAGAACAACUCAACAAAAAGGAAAAUGGAAAUUUUAGCAUGGGCAGAUCACAACCACCAAGUCACAGCCACCAACUCAUGAAACUCACCAACUCAAAAGAAGACUAAUCAUGCAAACUAAUUAGCCUAAGAAGUGAGGGAAGCAUUUAACCAAUAAAUGAUAGAAUACUAAUUAAUGAAAGAAUGAUGUAACUUUCAGUCAAUGAACAUUAAUGUUGCUGCUAAAAUUUAUAAAUAGUGUAUAUUUUUGAUAGUGCAUUGGCGUUGUGGAUUUGCCAUCCAGCCCCCUUUUCUGUGCAGCAAAUAAAACAAGUACCUCGA